CUACGGAAAUGUGUCCUCGAUGAAGAAGGAGAUGCCUACUGGGAGACUCCAACGUACAUCAAAUGUGUCUCCCUUGACUACAGGAAUAUCCAACAGAUGAUAAGGGAACAUCUAGCCAAAGCCCAGCGAGGGUUGAUCGGAGAAGGGUUAUCUGGUUUAAUACAGAACCUGGUAGACAUCACUCAAGAAGGAGCAAGUUAUAGCGGGGACGUGUUCUCCACAGUCGACACUCUGAGGAAUCUAACGGAGAUCUUUAGGAGAGCCUACUACAGCCCCACGUCCAACGACGUUCAGAACUUCGUGCAGAUCAUCAGCAACCUGUUAUCUGAAGAAAACAGAGACAAAUGGGAGGACACCCAGCCGAUAGGACUGAGCGUCAAGGAUCUGUUCAAAUUGGUCGAGGAUUUCAUCGAAGUGAUUGGCUUCCGAAUGAAGGAUUUCAAAGAUUCUUACCAAGUAACAGAUAAUCUAGUUCUGAGUAUCUACAAACGUCCAGCCAAUAGCGCAACCGACAUCAAUUUCCCCACGAAAGGCUGGAGAGGAAUGGCGGACUGGGCGAGGAACUCGGAAGACAAGGUGUCCAUAUCCAAAAGUUUGCUGUCGUCUGGGCUUUCAGACACAGAUGACUCCUCCAUCUUUGUCAUCGGAACAGUCCUCUAUCGGAACCUUGGGAAUAUUCUUUCCUUGCAGAGGAACACGACCGUGCUGAACUCUAAGAUAAUCUCUGUGAUUGUGAAACCUCCCCCCAGAUCCGUCUCCGUCCCUUUGGACAUUGAGUUCUCCCACAUGUACAACGGGACGACGAACCAAACGUGCAUUCUAUGGGAUGAAACAGAAGCAUCCUCUAAUCUCGCCGCCUGGUCCAUCAAAGGUUGUCGCACGUUCCCGGUGGAUCCGUAUCGCACUAAAUGCUCCUGUGAUCGCUUCUCCAGUUUCGCCAUUUUAGCUCACCUCAGUUCAGACAUGAAUAUGGAAAAGGUCUUCGUCCCGUCCGUCACGCUGAUCGUCGGCUGUGGCGUCUCCUCGCUUACGCUCUUGCUUCUGAUAAUCAUCUAUGUCUCGGUGUGGAGGUAUAUUCGCUCUGAGCGCUCAGUCAUUCUGAUCAACUUCUGCCUGUCCAUCAUCUCCUCCAAUGCCUUAAUCCUCAUCGGGCAGACGCAGACCGCCAACAAGGUGGUGUGCACGCUUGUGGCAGCCUUCCUCCAUUUCUUCUUUCUGUCCUCGUUCUGCUGGGUGCUGACAGAGGCCUGGCAGUCCUACAUGGCGGUGACGGGCCGUCUACGCAACCGGAUCAUCCGCAAGCGCUUCUUGUGCCUCGGUUGGGGUCUCCCGGCUCUCGUGGUGGCGAUAUCCGUUGGAUUCACCAAAGCAAAAGGUUACGGCUCAAACAGCUAUUGCUGGCUGUCUCUGGAAGGGGGUCUCCUGUAUGCCUUUGUGGGGCCGGCUGCAGCUGUUGUUUUGGUAAACAUGGUGAUCGGGAUUCUGGUGUUCAAUAGAUUAGUAUCUAAGGAUGGAAUAACAGAUAAAAAGCUCAAGGAACGGGCCGGUCAGAUGGCAAUGCCCCUUUACGGCAUGACGCUCAAAUGUUCCAAGUGUGGAGUAGUAUCUUCAGCAGAAGUAUCCGCCUCAGCCACCAGUAACGCCAUGGCCUCGUUGUGGAGUUCGUGCGUGGUGUUGCCUCUCUUGGCUCUGACAUGGAUGUCGGCCGUCUUAGCCAUUACAGACAGGCGGUCAGCGCUCUUUCAAAUUCUGUUUGCCGUCUUCGACUCCUUGGAAGGUUUCGUCAUAGUCAUGGUGCACUGCAUCCUCCGACGAGAGGUCCAGGAUGCAGUGAAGUGUCGGGUAGUUGAUCGGCAAGAAGAAGGAAACGGUGAUUCUGGGGGCUCCUUCCAGAACGGACACGCGCAAUUAAUGCUCGAAGAAGCUAACAAUCCGUAUAUCUGCACAGCGAUGGUGGGACUCAAAGAUAAGAAGGUUUCGUCGGAGUUUGAAAAAGAUGUGGAUUUGGCAUGUAGAUCAGCGUUAAAGCAGGACAUGUCGUCAUGUAGAACCUCCACGAUCACAGGAACAUUGAAACGUCCGUCUGUCCAUGAUGAAGAAAAAAUGAAGAUGAACCACCAGAAAGGAUCAAACUUUAAUAGUCUUCCUUCCAACGUUUCCAAAAUGCAUCUUCAAGGAUCUCCCCACUACCUAGGAGGCAUCAACCUGAGCGAGUUCAGCAACCACACGCUCACCCUGAAGAAGGACAAGACUCAGCCACCCAAGCCGAUCUACAUGUGCGAAGGAGAUAUCUUCAAGAAGCUUGACUCGGAGCUCACCAGAGCCCAAGAGCAGUCCAUGGACACCAGUUACGUUAUUUUACCCAGUAACACGUCGACUCUGAGGGCGAAGCCAAAGGAUGAGAGCAAAUACAGUGUGAACAUCGAUCAGAUGCCCCAGACGAGACUCAUACACCUAAGCAUGGCAGAUCCCACUUACAUGAUUAAAAGUCCUCCAAGGGAGCGGAUUGGUAUAAAAUGCGUCGAACAGGGAUCACCGAUGCAAAAGCCACAGAUACAUCCGAGCGAGGCACAGAUUCCCAUUGGCCUUUGUGAUAAAAUGGACUCAGGGAUCGGAAUCGUGUCAAAGACAGAAUCGAUCGCUACACUUUCCAUGAGUUCAUUAGAGAGGCGGAAAUCACGGUAUGCAGAAUUAGAUUUUGAGAAAAUCAUGCACACCAGGAAACGCCACCAGGACAUGUUUCAGGACUUGAACCGAAAGCUUCACGCAGAAAAAGAAAAAGAGUCCCCAACAGCCGAGAGCAAGUUGGAAAAGCAACAGACACCAAACAAAAGGCCCUGGGAAGGAAUGAGGAAAAUCCAGUCUCCGCCAUCAUGGGUAAAAAAAGACAUGGAGCCCGUUUCUCCGUCUCCCCUUGAAUUAAAGACUGUGGAGUGGGAGAAAACCGGGGCGACGAUACCUCUGGUGGGACAAGACAUUAUUGACCUUCAGACCGAAGUCUGAAGCUUGAAAAAAAAACAAAAACAAACGAAAAAUAAAGACUUCUUUUUAUUUUUAAAGAAUAUGAUUCCAUAUAAAAGGGAGAGAAGUUUGGUUUCUUUUGAAACCUUGUUAAAGUACUGCAUUGUCUCAGAUGGGAUAUUACAUUAGGCUAUAGCGGUAGGUGCAAAACGAUCUCUCCCGGGUAUGGCAAACAAGAAAUAUUAGGCAACUGGUAAGAGAUGAGAGGCGGUGGAAACCGAGAAUGAAGACGCGAUCAGAUUGUUCUAAAUUAUAUUUAGACAAAGAUACUCAAAGGCAAAUAGAUUCAGAUACAAAUUAACAACUUUUUGGGCUCUUUGAUGUAUUAUAUAAGGGUGCUGGGCUACAUUUUUUUAAAAGAGACACAUUCAGUGGUUUAAUAUUUAGCUCACUAUCUCCAUGCCAUACAGUAAGGCUCGAUAACCGGUACCACUAGUGCUGGCCGAAGGAAGCAGCAAAGAAGGAGCAGACGUGAGGGUCCCAAAGUAAACCUUCUCCACCCCUAACAAGUUUUAGUCUUUAGAAUCAAACCGACCCGAGGUAACGCACGGCUUUAAGAAGAUUAAACAUGGAAAGGAAAUGUUUUGACUUAGUAUAAAAGAAAGGAAUAUUCCUACCACUUCAUCUCCAUCCUCUGCUAAGUCGAGUAGAGGUUGCCAUGAGAAGAUUGUUAUUGAGAGAAAUGUUUAUAUAGUUUUGUAUCAAAGGUUUGUGGAUAUUGGCAGACUGCAUAGAAACGUAAGGUAUGAAGAUACAAUAAAGUGUUCUGAAAACCGGGAGCACUCGUUUCUUUGGCUCUUGUCCUCUUGAGAAAUCUUUCGGUUGGAUCAGGAAACCCCCGAAGAGUCUCGGCAACCUCAGUAGUCCUGCUGGUUGGCUGAGCUGCGGAAGCGCAGGGGUGGUCUCCUCCGGCCACCUUGAGACGCGGCAGCGGAAGAUGUUGGGGGGGGGAACGUGGACGGAAUCGGAGAAUCUGAGCGUCCACGACCAUGUGUCGACGGAGAAAGAUGCAUAAAUUAACCUUAAUGGAGGUCGCUUGAUAUGCAAGCAUUUUUUUGCGCCAAUGUUUUUAAAAGAUGACAUUUAUCUUGUCAUUAACUGUAUAUUAAAUAAUUCAAUAAAUGUUUAAACAAUUUAAAAAUCCAAAAUAGUAAAUAAAGAGAAAUAAAGAUUAUUAAAACUGUGAUGUAAUUGUCAGAUUUUAGAUCAUAUAUAUAUGAAAAAGAAAGCACAAGGCCUCAGGUGCCGUGUUGUAUAAUAUUGUAAUUAUAAUAAUUACACCUAAUGAAUUUUAGCCAAUAAAUAUCUUUAUACUGUG